AUUCAGGUGUACACAAUUACAUACGAAAGGUUCUCUGGAUACCACAAAAUGGGUCUUUGGAUGGACCAAUGGCAGAUAAAUCAUGAUAAAACACCCUCUAUGGUGGAUUAAUGUGUCCAAGGUGGUCACCCAGUGGUAAAAAGGUGAAGUGCACUAUAAAAAUUGAGAAAAAAUGAGAACUAGGGAUGCAAUGCCAUAUAGGCUACCCUACCUUGGAACUGUUUCACCAUAAAUGCACCACAUUCUUCAGUGCGUUGGUGCCCUCAUACAUGCAGCUGCUGCCUUUUUUUUUUUUUUUUUUUGCCCCUGCCCCUUCGGUCCACCACUGCAAAAGCUUUCACUGUUGAGGUCACAAAAUGAUUUGUCAUCAUCAGCCUGUGGCAUGGCUGUCCUCUUUUCCUUGUUAUUCUUCCUCAGACCUCCUUCAGCAGGUAUGGUCAUUUACUGAUCUUAUGUUUUGGUUGACAUUUAUGCUUUAUCAGUAUUUUCAAACAUUUGCAAGGGACUUGAAAAAUGAGGACUACCUGGUUGGUUUUGCAAAUGUAGUUCCACCUCUGUUUAAGUGCACAGCUGCUUCCACGAGCAUUUCUAUGAGACCUUCUGGGGAGGCAAAGCAGUUUUUAGUGAAAAGGAUCUAAAAAUCCACUGUACACCUUCUCAACACCAAACAGAAAACAGACAAGUUAGAAAACAGCUGAUGUAGUAUAUCUCUUUAGCAGCAAAAUGCUCCUGUUGCUCCAGCCAGAUAUUUCCCCCAGGAGUUUCUCUAAAGAUCAAAAACGGAACUAAAAGAGACUUACAUUCAUCAGGAGUACAGAAACACAACUCCAAAUGACUGAUAAUGUCGCUCCCCAGCUGCUGGAUCUGUAAAUAAGCAACUCUGCUAACAAGUUUUUAAAUGUUGCUUCUGCUGCUCCCAAGUGGCCAAAAAUCAGUCAUCGCAGUUUAAUGAUUUGCAGGUGUGCAGUGAGCGCUGUGAUAAAUAAAGAGUCUUUCAGAUUCAGCUUGGAUUUUCCCCUGGUGAUCUCAGGUAGGUCAGGUUUUAGCAUCUGUGCCAUCAAGUGAGAACGACUACUUUUCAGUGCUGGUUUUGGUUUCUGCUUAUAAUUUUCUGUCCCUAAUUUUGGCAUUGGACCAAACAUAAUAGUGGGCCACCUGGUAAAGUAUCCUCUGCCAGUCAAUUUGUCAAAUUAUAUUAUAUAAAAUAUAACUUCUAAUGUACAUGUAUUAAUGUUUGCUUUAACAUGAAGACCACUCACAAUAUGUCUUCACUGAUGUGCAAAUAUUUUUUUUAACAUUUAACUAAUGGGUUUAGUCAGUUUAUUUCCAUUGCUUCUAAAUGUUAAUGGAUAUCAGCUGCUGGUGUUUUAAUGAAAGCUGCUGCAGCUGUCCAAUCAAAGCACGAGCCAGGCCUGUUAGUCUGAUGUAGGACACUUUUUAGCAAUUUAGCUUUCACUGAGUUCCUGUUUUAACUUCUUUUCCUAGAUCUAGAAAUGUUUCGGAGCCUGCUUUUCACCAUCAUGUGUGGAUUUGUAACGGCCGUUAUCAAUUCAGAACUGGACCGAAACUGGGAGUUAUGGAAGAAAGUGCAUAAUAAAGUCUAUUCUCAACAGAUUGAGGAGUUUGGUCGCAGGCGGAUAUGGGAAGAGAACCUGGAAAUGAUUAAUGUCCAUAACCUGGAAGCCUCCCUGGGCUUACACACCUAUGAGCUGGCAAUGAACCACCUGGGAGACCUGACCACUGAAGAGAUCACUGGCACACUGACAGGCACCAUCGUGCCCUCGGACCUGAAGAGGGGUCGGUCCAACUUGAUCAAGGUCAACAGCACGCUACCGCUGUCUCUGGACUGGAGGGAUGAAGGCCUGGUAACUAAGGUCAAAAUGCAGGGUUCUUGUGGCUCUUGUUGGGCCUUCAGUGCCGUUGGAGCUCUGGAAGGACAACUCAAGAAGUCUAGAGGUGACCUGAUGUCUCUCAGUCCACAGAACCUGGUGGAUUGUUCCAUAAAAUAUGGAAACCAUGGGUGCAACGGUGGCUUCAUGGCAAACGCCUUCCAAUAUGUCAUUAAAAACCAAGGCAUCAAUUCUGACGCAGCCUACCCCUACAUCGGCAAGCGGGGUCGAUGCAAGUAUAACUCGCAGUAUCGGGCUGCUAACUGCUCGAGCUACGCCUUUGUACCGGAGGGGGAUGAAUCUGCACUGAAGGCAUCUUUAGCCAAGAUCGGUCCCAUCUCGGUAGCAAUUGAUGCCUCCAGGCCCAAGUUUGUCUUCUACCGUCAUGGUGUGUACAGGGACCACACGUGCACCCAUCAUGUGAACCAUGGAGUGCUGGUUGUGGGCUACGGCACAGAGAGAGGACAAGACUACUGGCUGGUCAAAAACAGCUGGGGCAUAAACUAUGGAGAUGAAGGCUACAUUAAGAUGGCCCGGAACAGACGUAACCAGUGUGGCAUCGCUCUCUAUGCUUGUUACCCAAUCAUGUGAUCAGCAGAGGGGACAACUUUUGGAUGUACAUUUCUCCGCAGCAGUUGGGACAUUAUUUUAAAUAAACAGUUUGAUCCUUAA